AUGGCGUCUUUCACCUCAUAGUCAAACAGAUGUUUUGUUUCAUGUUGUCUCACCUGGUUGUUCUCACCUGUUCUGACUGAUGCAGUGAAACACCUGAGUCGUCUCCAUGGCGCUAAGACGAGGACACAUCAGGUACCUGAAGGUGUGUGAGGUACAGACGUCUCAGAGUGAUGUCAGAGACGGUCAGCACGCCUCUAAAGGAGCAGCUGGAAAGGAGCUGUACGAUAACGGAUACAGCGAGCAGAUGAUGGAGGACGAAGACGCCAGAACGAACCUGAUUGUGAACUACCUGCCGCAGAGCAUGAGUCAGGACGAACUGCGCAGUCUGUUCAGCAGCGUCGGCGACGUCGAGUCCGCAAAACUCAUCAGGGACAAAGUGGCAGGCCACAGUUUAGGUUACGGCUUUGUUAACUUUGUUAACCCUAGUGAUGCAGAGAGGGCUAUCAGUACCCUCAAUGGCCUGAGGCUACAGUCUAAAACUAUCAAGGUUUCAUUUGCGCGGCCGAGUUCAGACAUGAUCAAAGACGCUAACUUGUACAUCAGCGGUCUGCCGAGGACGCUGAGUCAGCAAGACCUGGAGGACAUGUUUACUCGCUUCGGACACAUCAUCAACUCCAGAGUGCUGGUGGACCAGGCAUCCGGUCUAUCACGGGGCGUGGCCUUCAUCCGCUUUGAUAAGAGGUCUGAGGCCGAAGACGCCGUUAAACACCUGAAUGGUCACACACCCCCGGGCAGCUCUGAGCCAAUCACAGUCAAGUUCGCUGCCAACCCCAACCAGGCCAGGAACUCUCAGAUGAUGUCACAGAUGUACCACGGCCAAUCACGGCGCUUUGGAGGACCCGUCCAUCACCAGGCGCAGAGGUUCAGGUUUUCUCCAAUGAGUGUCGACCACAUGGGCGGAGGGGGCGGAGUCACAGGGAACUCGUCCGCUGGUUGGUGCAUCUUCAUCUAUAACCUGGGUCAGGACGCAGACGAGGCCAUCCUGUGGCAGAUGUUCGGGCCGUUUGGUGCCGUUGUCAAUGUGAAGGUGAUCCGAGACUUCAACACCAACAAGUGCAAAGGCUUCGGCUUCGUCACCAUGACCAACUACGAGGAGGCUGCCAUGGCGAUCCACAGCCUGAACGGGUACCGACUGGGAGACAAAGUCCUACAGGUGUCCUUCAAGACCAGCAAGGGACACAAGUAGAGAGACGACGAGUUAGAGAAGAAGAAGAAGUCGUACAUAGAGUUUUAGUGUCAAUGUGAAAUACAGUUUUUCUCCCAGCAUGCUCGGUUUCUUUCAGGCUCUAUGACAUCACGUGUUGUGAGGAGUGGUUACUGAUGUAACCUCAGUUCCCAACAUGUAGAAAUGACGCUGGUAGUUUGAGUUUGAACAGACGAGAGUCAGACGAGUCGAUCUGUUGAUUCAGAGCAUUUUUUUUAACAUUAAAGUGAAACAGUCGCUCUUUUGUUUGUUUGUUUUUUAAUGUGUUGACGUACUGAAUUCGUCCCUGCAGACAGAAAUGAACAGCUGCUCGUCAUAAAAUAAUUUCAGUAGAUAAUUAAUUUUUCUUCAAAGUUCAGAUGAUGCAGAAACACAAAGUUGUUAAUGUUUUCGUUGAGUGUCAGGUGACCGAUGGCGCUUUUCGCUCCAGGUCAAAUUCACUUUGUUCUUUUUGAACAAACAUUUUAUUUCUUUAUUUUUAUAUUUUUACAAAUUGCUUCCAGGUGAGAACCACCCGACGUACUGAGACUGACCCGUUCUUACGUGUAGUGAUCCCUCUUCUCUGUAUUCAGCAGCUUCGUUAUGAUGAUGUCAGUAAUAAAUCUGCUCAUGUCAAA